GCUUACACAGACAGGGGAGGAAGCAUGUCAUGAGAGGUGAUGACACAGCCAAGGAGACACAUCCACAUCCUCAGUGACUCCCAAGUUCGCCGCUCGUCGCUGUUCCUGCCGCCACUGUCGCUGCUGUUGCUGCGUCCCACAGAGGAGAGAGAAGAGAGAGAGCCAAAGAUAGCCUCCGUUCCCUCUCCACACCUCUCUCUCCCUCUCUUCCUCUCUUUUUUCACUUUGUCUGUGGAUGAUGGGAUUUUAAUCAUGUGGAAGACAGCUGAGCGGCUCUUCAGGAUUUCGCUGACACUGCGCCUGGUCCCGCCUGGCCUCUUCUGAGCAGCAUGGACAGUCUGGAGUCAGAGCUGACCUGCCCAAUCUGCCUGGAGCUCUUUGAAGACCCACUACUGCUCCCCUGCGCCCACAGCCUGUGCUUCGGCUGCGCCCACCGCAUACUCAUCUCCCACUGUGCUACCAACGAAUCUGUUCAGAGCAUCGGUGCCUUCCAGUGCCCCACCUGUAGAUAUGUCAUUUCCCUGAGUCCAGAGCGUGGACUAGAGGGACUCAAGAGAAACGUGACCUUGCAAAACAUUAUCGAUAGAGUUCAGCGAGCUUCAUCUUCAGCUGGGCUGCCUCUACCUCUGCCACUGCCGGCACCACACAGCGGGCCCAACUCUCCCAGCGAGGAAGGGAGCAACCGAUUGGCACUGGUCCCCGUAAGCGCCGCCAUGUCCAGCCCAGGUACGCCUCCUGAACCGGUCCAGUGCCAGUUCUGUGAGCAGGACCCGCCACAGGAUGCUGUCAAAACUUGCGUGACGUGCGAGGUGUCGUACUGCGAGGAGUGCCUCCGAGCAACUCACCCAAACAAGAAGCCGUUCACUGGUCACCGGCUCAUUGAGCCCAUGCCAGACUCCCACCUUAGAGGGCUACAGUGCCUGGAGCACGAAGAGGAGAAGGUGAACAUGUACUGUGUCACUGAUGAUCAGCUGAUCUGCUCGCUGUGCAAACUUGUCGGAAGGCACAGAGACCACCAGGUGGCAGCACUUAGUGACCGCUACGAAAAACUUAGGCAAGCCCUGGACUCCAACCUGAGCAAUUUGAUCAAGAGGAACAACGAGCUGGAGUCGCUCAUGGGGAAACUGAUCCAGACUUGUCAACAUGUCGAGGUGAACGCAUCCCGUCAGGAGGGCAAGCUCUUGGAGGAGUGUGAUGUCCUGAUUGACAUAAUUCAGCAGAGGAGGGAGAUCAUAGGCAACAAGAUCAAGGAGGGGAAGGCGCAAAGGCUUCGGAAGCUGGCUCAGCAGAUCGCCAACUGCAAGCAGUGCAUCGAGAGGUCCUCGGCCCUCAUCACACAGGCAGAUCAGACGCUGAAAGAGACCGACCACGCUCGCUUCCUGCAGACUGCCAAGAGCAUCAAUGAGAGGGUUUCCAUGGCAACUGCCUCAACCCAAGUGCUGAUCCCUGAGAUACACCUAACAGACACCUUCGACAAUUUUGCUCUGGACUUUGCCAGAGAGAAGAAGAUGCUGGAAAAUCUUGAUUACCUUACAGCUCCAAACUCUCCAUGCAUAAGGGAAGAGUUGUGCACGGCUUCCUAUGACACCAUCGCUGUCCACUGGACGUCUGAUGACGAGUUCACAGUGGUGUCAUAUGAGCUCCAGUACGCCAUCUUCACCGGACAGUCCAACAUUGCCAGUCUGUGUAACUCACUGGAGAGCUGGAUGAUUGUUCCCAACAUCAAGCAGAACCACUACACAGUGCACGGUCUGCAGAGCGGCACCAAGUAUAUCUUUGUUGUCAAGGCCAUUAACCAAGCGGGAAGCAGGAGCAGCGAACCAGGGACUCUGAAGACCAACAGCCAGCCGUUCAAGCUGGAUCCCAAAUCUGCCCACAAGAAACUGAAGGUGUCCCACGAUAAUCUGACAGUUGAGCGGGACGAGACCACGUCCAAGAAAGGCCACAGCCAGGAACGUUUCUCCAGCCAGAGCAGCUAUGGCGUGGUGGGAAAUGUUUUCAUCGACAGCGGCCGUCACUACUGGGAGGCAUUAAUAGGCGGGAGCACAUGGUACGCUGUGGGCAUUGCCUACAAAUCAGCCCCCAAGCACGAGUGGAUCGGCAAGAACUCAGCGUCCUGGGUGCUCUGCCGCUGCAACAACUCCUGGGUGGUUCGUCACAACAGCAAAGAGCUGGCCAUUGAGCCCUCGCCCCACCUGCGACGUGUUGGGGUCCUGUUAGACUACGACGCCGGGUACCUGACCUUCUACGAUGCUGUGGGCUCCCAGCACCUGCACACAUUUCACGUCUCCUUUGUCCAACCUGUGUGUCCUGUGUUCAACGUGUGGAACAAGUGUCUGACAAUUCUCACCGGUCUACCCAUCCCUGAUCAUCUGGAGGGAAUGGAACCCCAAGGCUGAAAACUAAAAGCAAGAAUACAACAGCAUGAACUGCUCUAAAAUUUCUUAAAGCUGCACUGGGCAAGAUUUGUGAAAAUAAUCAUCUUUGGAUAGAUAAUUUAAAAUUGUUUCAUCCUUUUUAAUUCACACAGAUCUGCUUCAUUUAACCAAAUUAAAUUUUGGUCCUGUGCACUAUUUCAUCUAAAGGCAGUUUAAAAACAAUGAGUAAAAUAUAAUGCUCUUAAACAGCCGCCAGCACACAGCCUGUCCUAAAAAAUCUGGACUUCACGGUGCAUGAUUGCUGCCAUUUGUGCUGAAUUACCUGUUGCAGCUUUAACAUGCAAAGAAAAUAGAAGAGAUGUCCCAUGGUGUUAUUUUAUUUUACUCCAAAUGCGAUUUUUGGUUGUUUACCAUGAUUCAUAAGAGGCAAUAUAAUGCAGAUUCUUGUCGUCUUUGACUGUUAAAAGCUAGUGAAAAUCUAUUCUGGAGUCAGGAUACUGGGGUGGAUCCAGAAUAGAACCGGACAAAUGGACAAAGAGUGGAGCUAUAAUUUCCUUCUCUAAAGGCACUUUGGGGGUAUUUUUUUACCAUUGCAUCUAGGAAAUAAGCCACAAAUAAAUUUUCACCUUAUUGGAUAUAGCACUUUGAAAAUCCCUGAAAGUAAACACACAUAUGCUGCCUCUACACUCUAUACAAAAACAAGAGUGAAUACUUACAUACAAACUUUAAUCUAUCAUAAUUGCUGAGAAGAGCAGAAUAAUGUAUAUUUUGUAAAUUCACCUCACCGCCCUCCCUUUCCCUUACUCAUUCAAAAUGAACCAAAGUAGUCAUUUAUUGUCUGUUCAGAUGACUUUACAUAAAUUUUACGUACGUUGACAAAUGCUGAAUUAUUUUUGAAAAGUGACAGAGGGGAGAUAGAUGCCACUGUUAAAUGCAGGAUUCACUUAAAGGUAGAUCUUGUUUUUGCACAUUGUUCAUACUUUAUUCAUAGUUUUGUAACCUAAAAGUCUAAUUCAUUUUGGUGAAAUUAACAAGCAUUCAUAUUGGUUCUGUUUGAUUUUGUCUUUUGGCAGCCCGAUAAGCAGUGCCAUUAGGAUUUUAUGUGAUGCAUAAUGUGUGAGUUGUGUUACAGUUGUAGCCCCAAGUUAUUAUCGGAGCUGAGGGGUAAAUGGGUGUAUUUUUUUUCUCAUUUUUAUAAAAAAGAAAAUAAGGGUGUUCAGAGAAACCGAUUUGUGCUGGUGUAACAAUACUCCAGAGCUAUUCAUUUGCUGUCAGCAAAGAGUGUCUUCCCAUUUUAUCCUUUUCUGUAGCAUUACAGUUUCCAAGGUCUCAUUUAAUCAAAUCUACAGGCAACAUUUUGUUUACAAAAACAACAAUAACACCUACACUUUACUGAGACAACAGAGCCAUGCACAGGGAGCUGUCCUCACACUUAUUGCACAUAAGGUGCACAGCACUCGUCACUCAUUGGCUGAAUUGAUUUGAAUUUUACCCAUUGCUUGCUUUUUCAAAAAUGGCCCAAACAGCCUAAAUAUGAUUUAAACAUUUGAAUCUUAAAGAUCAAGAAACUGAAACAAAAACUUCAACUGGGAAAUACUUAUUUCCAAUAUUUCAGUUUCGUUCUGUAUGUAACGGUAUUAAUCAGUAACAAAAAUGGCACUCCUUAGUGUAAAUACAGUGAUUGGGUUGCAUUUCUCAAUGUUGCUUCGUUUCAGUACCUUUAAAGUAUGAUGACGAAUGAUGAUCUGUCUUUAAUUCUGUGUUUCCUUGGCGAUUAAACAAACUGUAUGUUUUCAUUGUAUCUGAUACAAAUACGUACUGCUUAAUUUAAUGUUUCCAUUUGAACUUUAUGGCCAGGGUGUUAUAUGUUCUCACUGUGUGGACAUUUUUAUGGAAAACUGGAUAUGAGUGCUUGCAUUCACUGUCAUGUGAGAUAUGAGUCUAUGAGAAGGUCAAAAAUAAACGCUGUUCCUUUUCA